AGCUCGUUUGAAAUAUCUCCCAUCAUCAAGGAGGUUACCUUCACCUCUUUCUUUGUGUUUUGUUGGUAUGUUUCUAUCUAAGCAAGAUCAAACAAAAAAACUGAACCAAUGUCCAUGAAACUUGGUGGAAUGAGCCAUGUGUGUGUUGGUGAAAAAGUGAGUGUUCAUUUAAAUCAGGGGCUGGAUGCAGGAUUUAUUUUUUAGCUCCUUUGUAAUUUUUUAGCCUUUUAACAUUCAGGGACAUUCAAUCGUGCACAUGUGAAUAAAACAUAGAAAUAAUGGGGGCAUUAUAAAACUGUGUGAUAUUUCAUUUAAUAAGAUUUUUACAAUUUUACAAAAUGGACCCAGAUACCUCUGAUUUAAGCUGGCAUGGCACUGGAGGGAUCAGCACAUACUUGCAUUUACAGUGAUCCUGUCCAAUGGUCUGGACUAGGGUAACCAAUACUCUCUACAGGAGAUAAUAAACAUGUAUAUCCCCAGAUACCCUGUAGUCUGAAUAUAGAGAAUUAGAAUAGAAAAAAGUCUGAAGAUCCAUACAAUGUAUUGUUGCUCAAGCCUUCUUCUCUGUUAGGAGGGGUGCCCCAUGACCACAUUUUUAGAGAUUUUAUAAAAUGAUAACCUGAUUAGAUUAUGUUUGUAUGUGGUAAACCUGGAGUACCUUACCUAAUAUUGAGUAGGACUUGAUGAGGUCAGAUAAUAUUUGACCUUGAUUCAACUGCGUGGGUCUUUUGUUAUUGUCAGUGGGGUUUUUGUAUUGUGGAAAUUAUAAAAAGGAAAGAAAUUGAAUUUUACAUUGAAUAUAAUUGCAUCAAAGUGUAAAAUGCUAUGGGCUGUCUUUACCAUACACUUUGUGCCUAAUGUUUAAAAAGUUCUGUUUUGUUCCUGAUAACGCAGUGGGCCAGAGGACUUUAACGGGAUAGUUCACCCCAAAAUGAAAAUUCACUCAUUAUCUACCAACUACUAUGAUGAUGGAGGUUUUGAUGAAGUGUUUGAGUCUGCAAAACACUUUUGGAGUUACAGGGGUGAACAGUUUUGUAGCCUAAUCCAAAACAAUUGAAGUAACUGGUGACUGAUUCGUCAAACCUAGAAAACGAACAAACAGAAAAACACAUAAAAUGCUUCCAUCCGUUGGCUCACCCAAGUGUCUGUAAACCCCAACAUUAAAAUUUGACUUGAACAGGCGUUGAUUACACUGUGUUUUUAGCCUGAAUCUGCUCUGAUAUAAUCCACAUUCAUAUGUGGAUCACAUUGGACAUUUAAGCUAAGAACGUGGUUGUUUUUUACGUUUGAGAAUAAGUCCACAGUCACUUCAAUUGUAUUUUAUAUAUACAUUAAAUACCACUUAAACUCUUAAUGAGUUUUGUGGACUCAAACCCUUUACCAAUCCCUCCAUUGGCUUAAUGAUGAGUUGAUAAUGAGGGACUUUUCAUUUUUGGUCGAACUAUCCCUUUAGGCUGUUCAAUGCUCUGUGAUUGAUCUCGCAGGAACAGAGUCACACUGCCACCCCCUGGAGAUGCAUGUGAACUGCAACCACUUUGUCUGCGCACGACCAGUAGACCAGUGAAGGCACACGACAACACACAGUGUAAAAUGAUGGAUGCGGAGAUUUUGGUGUGCGUGUGUUAUAGAUGAACUCCCGCAGGUCUAAUUGCCGCUGUUGGACGCACAUCUUGCUGCUGCAGUGGUGAUACCCCGUGCAGACGUCGUUUAAGGGACCAGACCACAGCCGCCCCUCAUCCAGAUUCCUCCUCCACGGAGCGUGUCCAACAUGACGGCCAACAGCCGCUUCAGGAGCCGUGCGCCCCGGUCAGAUGAUGGAGAGGAAAAGGACUAUGUUGGAUUUGCGACGCUGCCCAACCAGGUGCACAGGAAGUCUGUGAAAAAAGGAUUUGACUUCACCCUCAUGGUGGCAGGUGAAUCUGGUCUUGGUAAAUCAACCCUGGUGAACAGCUUGUUCCUCACUGAUCUGCAUAAGGACAGAAAACUACUCAAUGCUGAGGAGCGCAUCAGUCAGACAGUUGAGAUCACGAAGCACACGGUGGACAUCGAAGAGAAGGGGGUGAAGUUGAAACUAACUAUUGUGGACACCCCAGGUUUUGGGGACGCUGUCAAUAACACAGAGUGCUGGAGGCCUGUCACGGACUACAUCAAUCUGCAGUUUGAACAGUACUUCCGGGAUGAGAGCGGACUCAACAGGAAAAACAUCCAGGACAACAGGGUGCACUGCUGCCUGUAUUUCAUUCCUCCGUUUGGACACGGGCUUCGUCCAGUUGAUGUAGAGUUCAUGAAGGCCCUGCAGGACAAGGUUAAUGUGGUUCCUCUUAUCGCUAAGGCAGACUGUCUCACUCCCAGUGAGAUAAAGAAACUCAAAGAGCAGUUGAGAGAGGAGAUAGGUUGGUAUGGGAUAAAGGUCUACCGGUUCCCUGACUGCGACUCUGAUGAAGAUGAGGGGUUCAAGCAGCAAGAUAAAGAGCUGAAGGAGAGCACUCCGUUUGCAGUGAUCGGCAGCAACACUGUGGUAGAGGCCCGAGGUCAGAGGGUGAGAGGGAGGCUCUACCCCUGGGGCAUCGUGGAGGUGGAGAACCCGUCCCACUGCGACUUUGUGAAGCUCAGGACCAUGCUCAUCCGAACCCACAUGCACGACCUGAAGGACAUCACCAAUGACUGCCACUACGAGAACUACAGAGCUCAGUGCAUCCAGACCAUGACCAGUAAAAUGAAUGCAGACAAGCGGGUGCAGAGCCCCAUCCCGAUCCUGCCGCUGCCCACACCAGAUGGGGAGACAGAGAAAAUCAUAAAAAACAAAGAUGACGAGCUGAAGAGGAUGCAGCAGAUGCUCCAGAAGAUGCAGCAGCAGAUGCAUGAGCAGGACCUGUGACCUCUAACCUUUUAUUUCGGAGACAAACCAAGAGGGUCAAACACAGCAACGAUUGGUACUUUCCCCAAUGCUGUCUCUUCAGAGGACGAAAUUAGGAAAUGUUUUUAUGAUAACAUUCAAUAUUUUAUCUGAUAUUCAAAUCACUAGUCACCAAUAAACUGUAGAGGAAUGACAGCAUGCUGGCAGAUGUAUUUUAAUUUUAAUUAAAAAGGUUUGGCAUGAUAGAACCUUACAGAACAGUCUUUAGCUAAGUGAGUUACGUUAGGCAAUAGAGUUGUUUGUACUUUGUUACGUUUAGAUCACAGUAGAUUCCCAAGUACUUUAAAAACUUAAUGAGAUGAAUGCAGCACACCCUCAAUGCUAAUCCUCCAAAUACUGUUUAAAAUCUUUAACCAUGAAUCUGAUCAAACCAAAUUGUAUUUCAAUGUACAAUCAGAACUGUUAUCAUCAAAGAUGCAAAGCUCUUGCAAAAUCAAUCCCACAUGCAAAGUACUAAUUCAAUUGUGAGAGCACUUUUUUGUUGAGUCCGGCCGCAUGAUAUACAGAAUUACAUCAUCAACAUUAUCAAUAAUUCUCCAUCUGCCAUGAGCGGUUAUAGAUAUUAUCACAUGUAUGUCAAUCAUAGACUGCAUGUAGAAAGACACGUAUCCAAUCCUCUCACUAUCCAGAAAAGAGUUGAAAUUGUCUAGGAUACUGCUGCCGUGUUGCGCAUUUGAGCCAGACUCUGUAAAGUAGUGAUCGUGGGAUGAAGCCUUGGUAGCGAGGAACCACCAAUUCGGUGACUUCACCAAUGUGUGGGUCUCAGCUGUCAACCAUGACGUUUCACCUGCUUUUACAGUAUCAAAUAGCUACCUGAAUAAAAUAAACACUACACUAAGUAGAGCACAUACAUGCCAAGGCCCAACAAUCCCAAUCAAGCAGCAGCAAAUUUUCACACACUCAUAGAUUGCUAUCAUUCAUUGAUAAUAUUUCAUAAAUUAUAAGACAAUAAAUAUGUUGAAAAAAAAACUACCUCACAAAGUUACAGAAAGUAAAAUGAAUUCCUGCAUCCAACCCCUGAUCUGUAUCCUUGCCUGACCCAUACAACAUCCUUCCAACAAGUUUAGUGUUUUUGUUUAAUCUUUCUUACAAACAAACAUACAGGGGUGAAAACACAACCUCCCUGGCGGAGAUAAUUAUUACCAAACUUACAAGAAAUACAUAAUACAACACCUAAAUAAGGACUUCAUAAAAUUACAUAAACAAUCUUUGUGUUGAUUUUAUGUUGAUAGUAAUUAUAACUUUUGUUUAUAUAGCACUUUCAAACUAAAACGGGGUAAGUGAGGGUUAAAAAAUAAAACAUUUGAUUUUAUAUGCUAGUGAGUAAAUGUAUGGAUUGACUUAACUGAUGUCGAUGAUUCUGUGUUGUUUCAUAUUUUUCAAAAAACAAAACUGUCCUAAAUGUAUGUAUUUGUACAAUUUUUUUAAACUGCAAUUUAUGACAGUUUUAUUUAGAAGGACUUGAGGGUUGUCUCAAAGCCACUGCAGCCAAAUUAAAGACAGCUUAAUCAGCAACAUAACCUCCUUCAUUUGAUAGUUUAUAGUCACCUUUGUUUUAAGGAAUGUGUAAUGUUAAUUCUGUUAAUGAACAAAAAGCUGCAUUGAAAAUUGA